AUGCCCGUCGAAGGACCAUCAAUAGGCUUCGACUUCUCCAACUAUGCCCGUAACCAGUUCCUCGGCGAGCGGAUGAACGGCUUGCCAAGGGCUACAUCCACCGGUACCACUAUCGUUGGGCUGAAGUUCGGCGGUGGUGAUACUGGAGAGGAGGAAGGUAUCUGCCUCGGUGCCGACACACGAGCGACUGGCGGACCGAUCGUAGCAGACAAGAACUGCGAGAAGAUCCACUACCUCGCCCCUCACAUGAGAUGUUGCGGUGCCGGAACAGCUGCUGAUACCGAAUUCGUGACCAACCUUAUCUCCUCCAACCUCGAAUUACAUGCCUACUCGCAAGGCCGACCAGCAAGAGUUGUCACCGCCAUGACCAUGCUCAAGCAAUAUCUCUUCCGCUACCAGGGCCAAGUCGGCGCAUACCUCGUCCUUGGCGGUGUCGACUCGACCGGCGCACACCUCUUCACUAUCCACGCUCACGGUUCCACUGACAAGCUGCCAUAUGUCACCAUGGGCUCAGGAAGUAUGGCCGCCAUGGCGGUCUUUGAGAGCAGCUUCAAGCAGCACAUGACGCGCAAAGAUGCGAUCGACCUUGUCGCCCGAGCUAUCCGAUCCGGUAUCUUCAACGAUCUCGGAUCAGGUAGUAACGUCGAUGUCUCGGUGAUCACCAAGAACGGCACGGAGAUGAUGCGGAACUACGAGACACCUAACGAGCGAGGCAUCAAGUCCCGCAACUACAAGUUCCGCCGGGGGACUACCGCUUGGACAAAGGAAUCGAUCCGGAGUUUGAUUGUUAGCGAGGAGGUCAAGAUGACGACGGGGGCAGGCAAGACACAGGAUGGUGUGCUGGAUGUGCCGGUGCCGAUUGGGAAGGGACCGGGCGGGGAGGAGGGGAUGGACGUGGACGCUUAG